AUGGCAUCAUCCACCUUGCCCGUAACUAUGCUUGGGUCAAUCCACGGAACCCAUCUAUCGCUAGCUGCAUCCGCUCAAAUCACGAUAUCUCCUGGAUUCCGACCGUGUCAAAAUCGUUGUCUCUUCUAUAUUACAUUACCAACUAUGCUACCAAGGACGACGUUUCACCGUGCCACAUAUGGCUUAGACGGACGGUCUCGUCGAGAUCCCUUGUCAUCCGAUACUAUUAGAGAAGAGCUAUGCAAUUAUGACCAAAGUGCACCUACACCGGCAAAUAUAUUCGAUAAUUAUAAGUUGCGUGGUAACCUCCUGUCUUGCUUGUCCCUCUUCGAAUACUGCAUGAUAGUAAGCACUAAGAGACGCCAGGAUGCGACGACAGAAGACGUGCCAUCCGUACACCGAAACGUCCCAGCCACCACUGUACCGGAUCUUGGUGAUUUCAAUCUCGAAUUCGUCGACGAAGUUUUGGUCCCUAUACUCACUGACUCUGCUCCACUCCCUGACUUGCUGCAAUAUCGCUUGCGAGUGGACCAGAAUCCGACGGGCGCUUCAAUAGCCUCCCUCAUGUGCGAGAUGGUCCCACUGAAUAAGAAGCAACGCAUUGUCGUGGAGAAGGUGCUUGCCGAAGCACUCCUCUACGCCAACUAUCCAUAUGAUCCUUCGCAGCGGACACAAACUCUCCUCUAUGUCGGAGGUGAAGGAGGUGUAGACAAGAGCUAG